AUGGAUAGAGAUUGGAUGAGUGCGAAUAGGUUAACGGUAAAAUAUAGGGAAGGUGUUGAUUUCUUUUUGGAGUUUUCUGCAAAGAAUGCGGAUAAUCCUGAUUUGGUUCAUUGCCCAUGUCUCAAAUGUGGUAACAUGGAGCGUAUGAAAAUUGCCCAAAUAAGAGAACAUUUGUUUAAGAACGGUAUAGACAGGAGUUAUAAGGUUUGGUAUCACCACGGAGAAAAAAUUAGAAGAUCGGGCGAGGGACCCUCUAGAAAGGAUAAGAUUGUUAAUAAUGUGGAGUAUGAAGAUGAUCACAUCGCAGAGAUGAUUAACGAAGCAGAGUUUGAAUCUCAAGUUCGUCCUGAAACAUUUCAAACUAUGUUAGAAGAUGCUGAAAAGCAGAUUUACCCUAAUUGUACUAGGUUUACUAAAUUAUCGACGCUUAUUAGGCUAUACAAUUUGAAAGCAAAACACGGGUGGAGUGAUAAGAGUUUGACUGAGUUACUAGCUUUCUUAGGAGAAUUAUUACCCGAAGGUAAUGAGGUGCCUUUGUCUUUCUAUGAGGCAAAAAAGACAUUGUGUUCGUUAGGCUUGCAAUAUGAAAAGAUACAUGCAUGUCCUAACGAUUGCAUCCUAUAUCGAAAGAGAUUUGUGGAUGAGGUAUCAUGUCCAACGUGCGGUGAGUCCAGGUGGCAAAAGAAAAAGAAUUCUAAUGAGGUAAAGAAGGGUGUUCCUGCAAAAGUAUUGUGGUACUUACCACCCAUACCUCGUUUGGUUCGGUUUUUUCGAAAUGCCGACCAUGCUAAAAAUUUGACUUGGCAUGCCAGUGAUAGAGUGAAAGAUGGUAUGAUGAGACAUCCAGCUGACUCUCCCGCUUGGAAAACAAUUGAUGCUAGAUGGCCUGAUUUUGCCAAUGAGCCUAGGAAUAUCCGUCUUGGUCUCUCUGCAGACGGUAUCAAUCCACAUACUUCCCUUAGCAGUAAGUAUAGUUGUUGGCCAAUCUUGCUUGUGAUAUAUAAUUUGCCACCGUGGCUUGUUAUGAAGAGAAAGUUCACUAUGUUGACAUUGAUGAUAUCAGGCCCUUCACAACCUGGCAAUGAUAUUGAUGUAUACUUAGCUCCUCUUAUUGAUGAUUUAAGUAAAUUGUGGUAUGACGGUGUUAAUGCAUAUGAUGCCUAUAGGAAUGAAGCAUUCAAUCUUAGGGCCAUGUUAUUGUGGACAAUCAAUGAUUUUCCUGCUUUCGGGAAUCUUUACGCUACGAUGUGA